AUGAUCUUAAAGAAGAAAAAGGCUGGAAGAGCAGCAGAACUAUCAGCAGAUAGUCACAAAUGAGAUCCAUGCUAGAGGCAGUAUAAUUUUGAGGGCACUGAAGGAUCAAUUCUCAAGAUAACUGAAAAAAGGAGAGACUAAAAAACAUCUGGAAAAAUAUAUAAGGAUGUUAUUAUUUACUUUAAAAGGCAAUUAAGAAAAUAUCAAUAGCUAUCCAUUCAUAUACCUGCUUCCUAUGGAUAAUUUAUUCUUUAACAAUGAUCUAUGUAUAUAUUGAAGAUUUCAUUGAUGAAGAUAGAGAAAGUAACAGGCAGAAUUUUGCAAGUAUUUUUCUCUAGCAGAUCACAUCUUUUAUAGUCAUAUGUAAAGAAUUAAAAGGUAUAGAAAGUACAAGAUUCCACUUAUGUUUUCAAUUGUUGACUAUAAGAAUGUAUUUGAUUCAGUAGUUCAAAAUACUACCUCAAGGCUCUUCUCCAACCAAUGUCUCUCACACACAUGUUAAAAAUAAUACAAGAUUCCUUGAAAGAUGCUACAAUGGAGAUAGAUUUCUUCCAUAGCCCUCUGAUAUCAAGAGAGGCAUAAAAUAGAGAUAAAUGCUCACCAUAGGUGUUUUCCACUGUUAUAGAGAGUGUGCUGUGCCAAGUCCAAAUGAAAAUGGGAUUCCAGUAGAUGGAGAAUCCUAUAGAUUGUCUUUUUUAUGGAUUGCAUUGAGCCUCAUAAAUGUGAUCCAUAAUCAAUGAUUGUUUGGUUAGUUAUCCACAUGGGACAAACCAAAUGGAUGAAGAAUGCCUGUUGUCCAGACUAUGCUAUGCGAUUGGGUAGACAACCCAGCCAGAAGUGUAGAUGGGUAAGUGAGUGGGGACUGGAAUUGAAAAGAAGACAUAGAGUUGGAUUAAUUUAGAAAAAUUGCAUGGUUCUUUUAAGGGUUCCAGUCUUUUCCCUGGAACAGAGUUUAUCUCUUUAAUGUCAUUAUUAUUCUGGCAAUGACUGUGGAUGUUUGGAAUGCCAUAGUCUCUAAAGCAUUUAAGAUUUCAGAGCACCAAGAUGGGGAUGGAGAAAUGGCAGGGGAGGGGAGUAGAAUGUCAGUGGGCUGUAGCACAUUACCAACAAAGGACUGUGCAGGAGCAGCAGCAGCAAGCAAAAUGUCAAAGAGAUGUCUCCUUGGCCAGGCAGCAAGAAUGAGGGGUAACGGGUGGCCAGCCUGUACGCCCCAUUGGUACCGGUGGAAUGUCGGGAGUUGAAGAGGAAAACCUUCGAGAUGUUAGGAGGAUCUCCUGUUGGGCAGAGUGGUGGGAUGACGGGGAGAAGAUCACCCCAGAAGGAAAAAUGGGAGGAAGGAACCCCAUGAAUGAGGUCAGAAAUCCAUCGGAGUGUUGGAGAUGUGGGAGGCCGCUAUCGUGACCUCUGCAUCAGAGACCCUGGCUUUGAUUCUCAUCUCUGUCGUUUGUCCUUGAUGGAUUCUCUCAGCUGUAAAAUCAAUGUAGGCAAAAAGACCUUGCUCAAAGGCUGCUUGUAGGAAUCAAAGGAGAUAAUAUAUGUGAACAUGCUUUGUAAACUGUAAGUGUAUAUAAAGAAGGCCAGUGUAGCCAAAAGAGCACUGGACUUGGAAUCAAGUGAAACAUGCAUUCAGCUCCCAGUUCGGACUCUCUAAUAGUUGUAUGAUCAGGGCAAGUUGAUUCGGAGCUGCCACAGUUUCCUUGCUGGUAAAAUGCAUAUCAUAUUGCCUGUUGCACCCACCUCCCAGUCUCAUGAUGUGAAAAUCUUGUUAUAGAAUGUGUCCAAAGCGCUGGGGAAAGCUUGAAGCACUUCUUAAACCACUCUGGUUCCUCCUCAUGGCUGUUAAUCCACCAAGCUCACACAGGGACCCCAGCUGGGCCUGGGCACUUUGACAUGAGCCCUCUCCACCCAAAUGGCCUCCUGUGGUGUCUCCGUGUCAGUGAGAGAUCACUUUACAGAGAUCACCAGAAGCUGGAGAGGGAGGCCCGGAUCUGCCGUCUCCUGAAGCACUCCAACAUUGUUCGUCUCCAUGACAGCAUCUCCGAGGAAGGCUUCCACUACCUCGUGUUUGAUCUAGUCACCGGUGGAGAGCUUUUUGAAGACAUUGUGGCAAGAGAGUACUACAGUGAAGCCGACGCCAGUCAUUGCAUCCAGCAGAUCCUGGAGGCUGUUCUCCAUUGCCACCAAAUGGGGGUCGUCCACAGAGACCUCAAGCCAGAGAACCUCCUCUUGGCCAGUAAGUGCAAAGGAGCCGCAGUGAAACUGGCAGAUUUUGGCCUGGCCAUCGAGGUGCAGGGGGACCAACAGGCAUGGUUUGGUUUUGCGGGCACUCCUGGCUAUCUGUCCCCAGAAGUUCUUCGUAAAGAAGCUUAUGGAAAGCCUGUGGAUAUCUGGGCUUGUGGUGUGAUCCUCUACAUUCUGCUUGUGGGCUAUCCUCCAUUCUGGGAUGAAGAUCAGCACAAACUUUAUCAGCAGAUCAAGGCUGGAGCUUAUGAUUUCCCAUCCCCUGAGUGGGAUACUGUUACUCCUGAAGCCAAAAACCUCAUCAACCAGAUGCUAACCAUCAACCCUGCAAAAAGGAUCACAGCUCAUGAGGCCCUGAAGCACCCAUGGGUCUGCCAACGCUCAACCGUGGCCUCAAUGAUGCACAGGCAGGAGACUGUGGAGUGUCUCAAGAAAUUCAAUGCCAGGAGAAAGCUCAAGGGGGCAAUCCUUACCACCAUGCUGGCAACACGAAACUUCUCAGUGGGCAGACAGACCACCGCUCCGGCCACAAUGUCAGCUGCGGCCUCCGGUGCCACCAUGGGGUUGGUGGAACAAGCUAAGAGCUUACUGAAUAAGAAGGCGGAUGGAGUCAAGCCCCAGACGAACAGCACCAAAAACAGCGCGGGUGUCACCAGCCCCAAGGGGACGCUCCCUCCUGCUGCCCUGGAGCCUCAAACCACCGUUAUCCAUAACCCAGUGGACGGGAUAAAGGAAUCAUCAGACAGCACCAACACCACCAUAGAGGAUGAAGACACUAAAGUACCCAGGAUCUCUGAUAUUUUAAGCUCGGUGAGGAGGGGUUCAGGGCCCCCGGAAGCUGAGGGGCCCCAGCCAGCUAUGCCCCAGCCAUGUCCGUCUCCAUCUCUCCUAAGCUCCUUGCCUGUCCUGUCCCCCAGGAUCUCUGACAUUCUAAGCCCAGUGAGAAGGGGUUCAGGGCCCCUGGAAGCCGAGGGGCCACAACCGGCCGUUCCCCAGCCUUGUCCGUCUCCGACUUUCAUGAGCCCCCUGCCAUUCCCAUCCCCCAGGAUUUCUGACAUUCUAAGUCCAGUGAGGAGAGGUUCAGGGACACCGGACGCUGAGGGGCCCCAGCCAGCUGUGCCCCAGUCCUGUCCAUCUCCAUCUCUCCUAAGCCCCCUGCCCACCUCAUCUCGCAAGCAAGAGAUUAUCAAGAUCACAGAGCAGCUGAUAGAGGCUGUCAAUAAUGGGGACUUUGAGGCCUAUGCGAAAAUUUGUGAUCCAGGCCUGACCUCAUUUGAACCUGAAGCUCUUGGCAACCUUGUAGAAGGGAUGGACUUCCACAGAUUCUAUUUUGAGAAUUUGCUCGCCAAGAACAGCAAGCCCAUCCACACCACCAUCCUGAACCCCCACGUGCACGUCAUUGGCGAGGAUGCAGCCUGCAUUGCCUACAUCCGUCUCACGCAGUACAUCGACGGGCAGGGCCGACCCCGCACCAGCCAGUCAGAAGAGACCCGUGUCUGGCACCGCCGCGAUGGCAAGUGGCAGAACGUCCACUUCCACUGUUCAGGUGCACCUGUGGCCCCGCUGCAGUGAAGAACCAGUACAUCCUUUUGUGGUUUCAUCCUGACGGAGACGGUGAUUGGAGCGGAGCCGCCACUCGCCGGGUGGUAGCGCCCACCGCGUCAGCAUGCUCGUGUCUGCCUCGUCCCUCCCUCCCCUGGUGCCUGUGUCUGCAGAAAACAAGACCAGAUGUGAUUUCUUUUUAAAAAACAAACAAACAUACAAACAAACAAACAAACAACCGGCAACUACAACAACAACAACAAAAAGCAACCAAUGAAAUGAGGAAAAAAAAACCACCAUGAUACAAAAAAUGAAACCAAGAAAAAAAGCUGUAAAAAUCACUGGCGUUUGUGGGGCUUCAAAACCAACCAGCUGCUCCUCCCGUCCACAGCUCCAUGUGUGUGUCUGUCCGUCUGUUCCUCGGCUGUCUUGGGUGACCAGAUGUUGCAAUGAAAAUGUCCACAAGGCUCCACCCCUUUUGUUGACCCCUGUGUUGAACGGUGUUAGUUUGUUAGAUGAAAAAAAAAACCACACAAAACCCACAAAAAAAAAAAAAAAAAAAAAACCAAAAAACAAACAAAAAAAAAAAAAAACUAAGGUAUUUUGCAUUCUCUCUGCCAACGCAUGGGCCUUUGCCAGUGGUGUACUUGCACGUGGCCGUCGUGAGCUGUUACCGUUUGUCUUUUCAGGGACGUGGGGCUGCUGGCUCCAGGUUUUCCUUUGCCUUUUCCCUCUAGUUGUGCCUGUGGGUUGCUGUCACUCCUUCCUUCCUUCCACCCAACAUCUUUCUUUGGUUGAGGAGGAAAGAGGCAUCCCUGGGCUCUGUCCCUUCUGUGCCAGGCAGAUUACUGGUCAGCAAUGUGUCCAGUGUUAUUGGAAAAUGACUCCCCGGCUCCAGAUGGGUUAGGAUCCCGGCACUCACACUAGGGGACAUCCCCCGCUCUUGUCAUCCCCCUCAACUAAAGGGCCUGUGUCAAGAACCUCCUUGUGCCAUGUUGACCUCGUCUCUUACUCUGAAGCCUUGAAGGCUGGUGAUGGCAUGAAGGGCGAGCAGCUCUGGGUGAGGAUUGUGAAGAGGGCUGAGGGGCAUAGCUGGGAGAGGGGAAAAAGAUGGGGGCUGGGACAUGUAGGGGUACGAGAAUCCUGGUCCUUUGGAACCCCGAUUUUGUAGGUGUCUGCUGGCCCAAGAGUGGGGGGAGCUUGGGCCAGCCAGCUCCCAAGUGUCCAAGAGAGUAUGCUAAACCUCACAGAAAGGGGAACUCAAUCUUCUGGAGACAAAGCAUCAUCUCUUAUCAACUCUCCUUUCCUCUCCUUAGCCCUAACAACUUCACAGAUGGGAAGCACAGCCAGAGAAAUUAGCAGACCCUGGGCUGUGCCCCCAGGGCCUCUGUAACCUCUUCAGUUUAACCAGGAUCUUAAUCCCUUCCCCUCAACUGACAGAGACAACUCAGGAGCCAAGACUCCCAAAUAACCAGCUAUAGAAAAUGAGGGCUUUGGACCCUCAGGAAAUAAUCUUUCUUCUUGCCUUGAUGGAUAUUGAAAGCAGCUUCUGCUUCUUCCCUCUGUCUGGCUGGUCUCUGCACAGUAGACAGUGAAUGUAUUGACAGCUUUGUGGCGGCUCCUCUGAAUUUCGAUCCAGAGAAAUUUGUUUCCUCCUUUAGUUCUUUCUGACCCUCCGUAGGGGCAUUCCAAUCUCUCCUCCUAUCAGGAUAAGAAUCAGCAGUUCAGAAAGGUUACAUACAGAUUUAGGCCUUUCUUCCUCCUGCUAUCCCAGCCCCUGAAAUGGGGGUAAAGAGGUUGUUAUUUUCCUUUAUGUUAUCCCUUUCCCAACCUAGGUGAUAGGUCUUGUGGAGGACUACCCAGAGGUAUUGUGUGCUCUCCUAUGGAGAGGCCUCCGGCAUUAUGGGAUGUAGGAAAUGGGGGAGGGAGGUAAGGCCAGUCUCCACCUCCACUCCUCCACCCUAUCCCCUUCACUGAAGGUGAGAGAAGAGGGAAUCUUGUAAUUGGCGAUUGGAGGCAGUCUAAGACCAAGCAGUUAUUUCCUCAAAUUCUCUCCAGUAGAGCAGUAAGGAUCUGAACUCUGCAAGAACCUAGCUAGAUUGUGGGGAGUUCCCUAGAGAAAAAAGGACAGGUCAAGAUAGAACAGAGAAUCUAGCAUUAGACCAGUGAGCCCUGUCAUUGAUUUCCCUGACCUGUGGUUGGAAUUUACAGAGUGGCCAUCUCUGGAUGGAAAAUCAGUGGCUGGCUACAGUGUGGCCCUGGCAACUCCAGAGAAUCCUGAGAAUAGGUGAAUAGUGUCUGGAUUUCUUGGGAGCCAGAACUGAAGGAUGGUUGUGAGGGAGAUGCUGCCUUUGGAGACAUGGCCAUCUGCAUGUAAUCCCUGAGAGAGCAUCACUUGCCAGUGGGGUUAGUAGGACGCAGUGAGCCAUACCUCAUAAGUAGGAAAUGAAGUUGUCAUGUUGUUUACAUGAAGCUGCUGCUGAAUUGAUUGAUAUUAACAACCACUUGAUAUAUUUAUUGAUGACCUACUCUGUUCAAGGAUCAUGUUGAUGGAUUAGGAAGGAACAGGUUCAGAAAACAUAAAAAAUACAAUGGGGAUGAAUGGCUUUCUUCUUGGGAACUUCAGCUGCCAAACUUGAAUUGGAAAAUUAAAGGGAAGAUGCUGGUCUAGGCCCUAUUUUCAUUUUCCCCUGGCAAUAAGAGAACAUUGCAAGGAAUUCCCACCAUGGAAAUCAGGGACGUGAGACAGGAAUGGUUCUAGGGCUAUUUGGCAAGAUCAGAGAAGACACACAUCAGUCUAUAAAACCUGGGCUCAAUGGUGAAAACACCAGGAGUUUGAGAGGGUUAGAAACUGACCCUCAGAUAAAAUAUGAGAAAGAUAAGUUGAGAACUGGAUGUCUGCUCUUAAUCUGACUUUGGGAAGUGAACAUUGUGAUUCUUAUGCUGAAGGUAAGCAGUGACAGAGAUGGGGAUGGCCUUUAUGGCAUCCUUUAGUCUGCUUCCCACCCUAGCCUCGAAAUCUCAGAGCCUCCUUUCAGCCUCCAAUGUAGAUCUCCUCAUUCCCUGGCUGCUAUGUUUGGUCUGAAAUAGCAUACUUUCCUUAGUCUUCAUCAAUUAUUAGAAGUAGAAUUAAUGUGAGAGGAAUUCAUGGGCUCCUGCCCUCACCUGGCGUAUUGUUCUGAUAUUUGUCCCUUUGAUCCAAUCUAACAAGUAUUUAUUAGGUGCCUAUAUGUGCAGGAGGCAUUGUACUAGGCACCAAAGUUCCCAAAAUAAAAUAAAAACAGAUCCCUGUCCUCGAGGGGCAUAUGGGAGAAGGGAUUUCAGCCAAGCAUGGAAAGUUAUCAUUUUAGCCAAGCAGUCCUAAGAAGGAGAGGUGAGAGGGAAGAAGAAGAAAGGAAGCUGGAAGGAAGUGAGAGAGAGAAGGUGGCCAUGGGGAUCCAUGGGGAUGAUCCGGACUCAGGAUCAGCCAAACCAAUAGUACAGCAUCUGGCCUGAGAAGACAGAGAGGCUGCUUAGGUCAGUCUGGGGCCCCUGAGGAUGAGACUGUGGGCUGAGGUAGCUGUUCCUCCUCUCCCUUGGCUAGGAAAAAUUCAGCUCUAAUAAUGCUACGGCGUCUCUCUUUGUAUUAGUUUUGCAAAUGUGGACAGUCCUUCCUCAAGGAGUUUGUGUUGAGGAUGCAUCCAGACCUCAGGAAGAUGAAGCAAAGACAGCACAAUGGCAGGCAGGAUACAAAAGUUCAAGGCUUCUGCUUAGCUUCAUUGAGGGGGUGGGGGGUGGGGGGAUGGCUGAUAAUGGAGAGAAUUGAUUCUCUUUGACUAAAAAUGUUGAGUUGCUCAGGGAUGAGUGCCCCAGACUUGGGACAGUUGGUGGGCUGAUUGAACUGUUGAUGGUGAAUUCUGGUCCCAUCCUUUACCCAACCUAUUUGGUAUAGCAAUCCCUUAGCUGAUCCAGUGAGAGUCCAUCUAUCCAAUAACUACUUUUGCCUAGGCCAGAGACUUUUUUAGGAGAAGGGGGGUUAGUUUUGCAGGAGAGUUUUCCUCCUUGCCAUGCAAAGUGCCAUCCUUAACUCAAUGGAAGUAUUUUUUGGUGGCCAUCUGCACUGGAGAAGAAAACAGAUAGCUGUUUGAAGAAAGUUUUGUGGGAGUGAUGAAGUAUGGGCCAGAAGUUAAGUGUAGAAGGAAAGAGAGGGAUCUCAGGUGUGACAGGUUGAAAGCCAUCAGGUGGCAUAGUUUAACUAUGGCAGUCCUUCCCUGGCUAUUGAUGCGGAGCUAUGAGCACCAGGAGUGAGAAACACGGUGUAAGGAAGUAGCCUUGGAUGCCGUGCCAUCUGCCGUUCUCAGAGGAGUCCAACCUGGUCUAGCUCAUCUCUGAUUCAGAGAUUCUCAGAAGUACUCUACAGUAAAACGAAGGGUCUGGAAGGGUCUGUGAUUCUUAUGCCCACCCUAGAGUGCAACCUGACCCUUGGAUGGACCAAAACGGAGGUCCUUUGAACCUAGAUUACCAAGUGAUUCUGGGCUACUAGAGACUGCAGUGACCACCUUCAGGUCCACAUGGCCUUUUAGCGUUUGAAAGGAAAUGAGGGUGGGUUGUUUACUGCACCCUAUUUCAUUAUUCUUUAAAGACCCCAAAGUUUGAACCAGCCGGGCUUCCUUUGACCAAGAAGGCUCUCCCCAUGUCUUAGAACAAAUGAGUCUAAAGCAAUAGGCUGGAAACUUGACAGCAGGGGUGAAGGAACUAUUCCUGACACUCAUUUCAAUCAUCUAUGAACAAAACAAAAAACAAAUACAUAGGCUACAUCUCUACAUUCUUUGCUCCCAGGGUAAGUCAAAGGCUCUACUCCUAGGGGCCACGGGCACCUCUAUGAGCAAAGUGUUCACAGAAACUCAGUUUGAGUUAGUUCCUGGGAUAUUGAUCACUUUAAUAUCAACCCACAUGCAUAUAAAUGUACAUACAUACAUACAUACACAUAUACAGAAAUGCUUUUGAUCAUAAAAAUGUCCAUAUUCAUACAUGGGCUUGAGCAAUGAUUUCAAAAUGUGCUUUUCAGAUACUGCAACAUGUUUUUAAUUAAAAACAUACAUCCUGGGGAGUUUUAAAUUGAAGAGUGAAGUACAGUCUGGUAAGGAUGGAAUAGAUAUCAUCUCCAAAAAGAUUAAAAAUCAUGUUCAGACAGAAGGUAUCACCGUUUGAAUGAUAUUGUUCAUUUUGUUCAUUGGAGUCUCAAGGCACAAGCAGGUGGUAUACCUAGGAAGCCAGCAAUCAGGAUCAGGUAUUAACUCUCUCCUUUCCACACAACCAGCAAACUUCAUUCAUUACUACAGCACAGUCAUAAAGGCCCUUUGGAAUGAUUGUAAAUAUUUGUUACAUAGACUUCCAUUUUAUCUCACAGAAAAUUGAGAAAGCUAUUUUGCCAGAAAUCUCCUUUGGCACUAGGGAUCCCAGCAAUUCCUUCAUCCUCUAACUGCAAUUCAAUCCCUUCAGACUCCUUUCUUUUCCCUGAACCACCUGCAGAUCUCUGGAUGAGGUAGAGGUUAAACUUCCUAACUCCUUUCACCCCUCCCAACCCAAAUGUAUUCCUAAUGUUGAGCAUACACUUGAGCUGGUUGAGGCACUGUUGUAUUUUGAUGUACCUCUUGUGAGUGGGUGAUAGAAUUGGUGGACACUUUUUAGAGGUUAAGGGGUAAGCCCUGACCACAUUACUUGGAUCAUGAGAAAGGAGAUUUCCUGGAGGGAGAAACAGUCUGGAACUGAGCUCAUAAAGGAGUUUGAAGUUUGUAGAUAACUUGAAAACAUAACCUAAAAGGGCCUAAUGAUGAAUGGAUGACCAGAUGCAUGGAUGGAUGGAUGGAUGAAUGGAUGGAUGGAUGGAUGGUGAACUAGAGAAGAGGCUAGGGUAAUGCCUUAAUUUUCCAUGUUUAGGAAAGGGGGCUAUGUGUAGCUCUCAUUAGAUGGGGUUUUCCCUCUAUCUGGGCCUGAUUUUCCCAUUUAGUUUGUAUGUGUUCUCUUCUGGGGAAGAAUGAGUUGGCAAGGUGCCCCAACAGAUGGAUGGAAAUUAUAUAACGGAAUAAUGCUGUUUGAUGGAAUAAUCAGAUGAUGGAGGUUGGGAGGGACAGAGUUGCUAAGACAGGGGCACCAGAGGGUUGAGGACAGAGUAGGAGGGGAGAAGAUCUGGAAUCAAUUAACUCAAAGGAACUACAAAUUGGAUUAAAUCAAUUGAAUUUAAUCCUGAGCUAAGAGGCAUCCCUCACUGGCCACCUUUUUGCCCCAUCCUUAGAAGCCACUCAGACACCCCCCUAGCAAUUCACUUUUAAUUUAAGUGUAAUUUCUUUUUCUUUCCCUCUAAAUAAAGCGAAGUGAGAGGAAAGAAGGGGAAGAGGGAUGGGUUAUCAGGUGGUCCCUGUUUGAGAGUAGAACAGAACUCCGAGCCCAUGGAGAAGAGAUUUAGAACACAAGCUCUUUCAGUGGCAAACCCUACAAUGGAUACCCAUUUCAAAAUCAACAACAAAAUGACUGUAAGAUGCUAGAUUGCCAUCUUGUGACUGGCAGGGUUUUCCCUUAAUUCUUUAAGUGACUGAAUAAAAGUUCCCCCCAUUAGAGGACACUAGGCAUUCCUGCCUGGAGCCAAGUCUGGGCUGGGAGCUUCUGGGGUAAGAGGACCAUCAGUCCUGCUUGCCCCCUAACAACGUGUGUGACCCAGCAUUUGGCAGCAAAGGGGACCACGGAAAGCCUGUCCCACCUCCUACCCUCUUGUGUCCUGGGGCCUCUUCACUCUCCUUUACCAGUCAUCUUGUUAUAACUAUGGAGCUGCGUGUCUGGGGUUAUUUGGGGAUUUGGGGGGGGAGGGAGGAGGGGUAAUUUUUUUUUGCAUGACCUCUAAAGAGAAAAAAAAAACAUAUAAAUCUAUUGAUAGCUAGGUAUACAUAACUUUUGGCAUGUGUAUAUCUAUCUAUCCUGAGGAAGAGAACUUGAUGAAAGAUGAGCACUCUGCUCCAUGAAUGCUAGGGGAUCUUUCCUCUUUUCUGACUUUCUCUUCUUUCUUUUUGCUGAGUUUCAUUGUCUUUUCUUUCUGAGCCUUGUAAGUGUAAAAACAAAAAUGAUUCUUAUUUUGUUCUGUCUCGGGAAACUGCAAAUAAAACAAAACAAAAAAAUGGGACAAA